GCACAACAAGGCACUAGGGGCGACGCUGGCCUCUGACACUAGCUCUGGGACCGGGGUCUGCGGCCGGCUUCUAGCAGGCCCUGUCUCCCAUCCCCAGACGCAUAUUCACCAGGGAUUGUGAGCUUUGGCUGCUCCAGUUUCCCGCGACACGAUGUUCCCUUUCUACAGCUCCUGGAGGACUAGAAUGCUACUGCUGCUACUCCUGGCUGUGGCAGUGAGAGAAUCUUGGCAGACAGAUGAAAAAACUUGCGACUUGGUAGGAGAAAAGGGUAAAGAAUCAGAGAAAGAGUUGGCUCUAGUGAAGAGGUUGAAACCACUGUUUAAUAAAAGCUUUGAGAGCACUGUGGGCCAGGGCUCAGAAACAUACAUCUACAUAUUCAGAGUGUGCCGGGAAGCUGGCAACCACACUUCUGGGGCAGGCCUCGUGCAAAUCAACAAAAGUAAUGGGAAGGAGACAGUGGUAGGGAGGCUCAACGAGACUCACAUCUUCAAUGGAAGUAAUUGGAUCAUGCUGAUCUAUAAAGGGGGUGAUGAAUAUGACAACCACUGUGGCAAGGAGCAGCGUCGUGCAGUGGUGAUGAUCUCCUGCAACCGACACACCCUAGCGGACAAUUUUAACCCUGUGUCUGAGGAGCGAGGCAAAGUCCAAGAUUGUUUCUACCUCUUUGAGAUGGAUAGCAGCCUGGCCUGUUCCCCAGAGAUCUCCCACCUCAGCACGGGUUCUAUCUUACUUGUCACGUUUGUAUCACUGGUUGCUGUUUAUGUUGUUGGGUUCCUAUACCAGCGACUGGUGGUGGGAGCCAAAGGAGUGGAGCAGUUUCCCCACUUAGCCUUCUGGCAGGAUCUUGGCAACCUGGUGGCAGAUGGCUGUGACUUUGUCUGCCGUUCUAAACCUCGAAAUGUGCCUGCAGCGUAUCGUGGUGUGGGGGAUGACCAGCUGGGGGAAGAGUCAGAAGAAAGGGAUGACCAUUUAUUACCAAUGUAGAUUGCACUUUUUAUGUCCAGCCUCUUCCUUGGUCCCCCAAACCAAAGCUACAUAGCCAGAUUUCUCAAGCAGUCUCAACUCCAGUCUCUCAUUUCACCCUUACUACUGCUCUUGCUUUCCAGUUUGCUUUUAAUUUGCAUCUUCUCACUAGUAGAACUGCCUUCCUUUUGUUCUCUAUUUUCUGUUUUUUCUCUAGAGAGGUACAGUUGUGAGAGUUAGUAUCAUAGGGACUGUGAAAACAGAGGCUUUUGCACUCUGUUGACAUCAGAAGGUACAAUAGGCAUAUGGGCAGACUGAUGUGACAGGCUUACCGGCCCUUUCUUUUUUAAACACAUUUUCACAAGUUUUUGAGACACUGGAUUUCUUUAAUUAAAAAAAAAAAAAA